ACUGUCAAGCUUCCAGAGCGCGCGCCCCGUGGUCACCGGGCAGAGGUCGGACUCUGUGCGUGCGUGUCAUCGCGGGCUAACUGCCACGCGCCGUGUCUCUGGAGAAGUUCUGCUGAAGCGAAGAAGGAUGCAGCCGACAGAGCCGGAGACAAACAGGCAGAGAGAAGAAGUUUAAAGUUUGAGCGGACAAAAAGAAGCUUCCAGUCAGGCUUAGAGCUCCUCAGCUGUCCACACUCCCGGAGUGUCCAUGGAAAAUCUCCACGAGCAGAAAACUGCACCUCAGACUGGACGUGAACGGGACUCGUGAGCUGGCCUGUCGAGUGAAGUUUAUCCUCUGAAAUGAAUAUCAUAUAACCGUUUUAAAUCCAACUGGACUCAAUUUUUGCCUUCUCUUUUUAUUUUAUUUUAUUAUUAUUAUUUUUAUUAUCUUUUUCACCUAUUCCUCUUUUUCACAUUUAAUUCCGGAUUCCCAAAUUCCAUAAAGUCUAUGGGAAGGACGGAGUAAAGUGAUGAACCGAGACAGAGGCGCGGCAUCCGGGCUCGGAUCUGACGGGAUCCAGGCGGUGAUGGGACGGGACAGAGCCGCAGCAGGAGGGCCCGUGGUGGACACGCUCCAGCCCGCAAUGAGUCGGGACAGACCGGGGAGCGGGGACGGGGUUCAGACGAUGGUGGGCCCAGAGAGCGGGGAGAUGUUGGACGCAGGCGCCACCGCGGAAAAGCGGCUCUUCUCGGUGACCGGAAGCAGAGAUCCUCAGGCCGUAGAGAACCACACGGAGCCCCCGCCGGUGUUAGCUCCGCCACAACAGGGCCCCACCGGCCACCGUACCACCUCCUUCUCCGUCCUGGACAUUCUGGACCCCAACAAGUUCACGAGCAACCGGCGACACACGUCUCCGCCGCAACACGUGAGCCACCACGGGGAGCGCGAGCUGAUCGCUUACGAUGCGGAGAACCGGAGAGCAGGGCCCGGGGAGCGCGAGCUCAGCAGCCUGGAGCCUAGCAAGAGUUGCUACGUCGCGGAGGAAUACCAGAGCAAGGACAGUUUUGUAUACCGAAGUCCAGAUGAGGAGGACUACCACCGCUCUGGGACUCCAGACUCUGAGGGUCCGGAUGGGACCUACAGCAGCGAGGAGAGCAGCUCUGCUCUGCCUAGCAACGGAGACAGAGAGCUGGGCCACUCUGACCCCAGCAGAGACACAAAGAGCCCCAAUGGAGGCCCCCCGGCUCAGAUCAGCAAUGGUCAGACCAACACAGGGCAGGGCACCAAGCCCAAGAGGAAACGCUCCGGCUCGGACUCCAAGUCGGGGAAGCCCCGCAGGGCCCGGACUGCCUUCACCUACGAGCAGCUGGUGGCGCUGGAAAACAAAUUCAAGUCCACACGCUACCUGUCGGUGUGCGAGCGCCUCAACUUGGCUCUGUCCCUGUCCCUCACCGAGACCCAGGUCAAGAUCUGGUUCCAAAACCGCCGGACCAAGUGGAAGAAGCAGAACCCUGGGGCCGAUACCUCGGCCCCCACGGCGGGGGGAGCCGGAGGAGCAGGGGGGGCAGGUGGGGUAGCAGGGGGAGGCCUGGGCAGCCUGAGUCCUCUGAGCCCGUCUCCUCCGGUCAGCGGCCACCUGGCCAUGCACGCUGGCUACGCCGGACACCACCACCCCCCCACAGGGAGCCUGGUGCAGCUGCCUUUCCUCACAGCCAGCCAUGUCCUGUCUCCAUUCAUGCUGGGAACUCAGAGCUACGCUGCGCCUGCCUUCUACAGCACACACCUGUAGAGCCACACAGUGAACUGCAGAGCAGCAAACCUUUUUACUACCAAUACCUGAAGGCUUUAAAUCAGUGGAUUAUUUUGAUAGAUUGUGAAUAUGAACCAGAACUUGUACAUAAAUCUAUGUUGUAGCUUCCUCUGAAUGCUGUCUGGACCUGUGUGAUAGACCAAGAAUUGAGUUAUUUCUUUCUGUUUGAUUUCACGUCUGUACAAAUACUGAAUGUUUAUUUAAGACGUAAGGAAUGGCUUGAUCUAUCGUCAGUACUGUGUAAUUCCAGCUGUGAUCAUUUUCAUUUCCCUUAUUUAUUGAAUUUGUUCCAGUUGCCAUGAAAUCCCUGGAUGUACU